UGAGGUAUUGAUUUGACAAUGUACAGGGGCACUUUUAUUUUUCGCUCUGCUAGGCCUAUCUGGUUGCUUCAUCACCUGUUAUGAUCGAAGAGUGCGCAAUGAUUUGGCUCAACCCUGCCGUGAACUAUGCAUUUGCUGUUGUCAUCCUGGAAUGUGUGCAGACUGUCAUUUGCCUGGUACACUUUGUAUGUGGACUGAUUGCACAACAUGCUUUGAAAGUUGUGCUGGUGCGGCCAGUGAAUGUGGAGGUUGCUUAGGAGGUGCCGGUGAAGCUGGGUUGCCACUAGUACUUAUAAUUUCUUUAAUUGUGCUAGGACUAUUUACUGUCAUCGGCAUAUUUUAUAGUGUUUUGGUUGCUACAAUGGUUGGGCAGAGAAUAUGGCAGAGGCAUUAUCAUAUACUUGCAAAAAGAAUGCUGACAAAGGAAUAUGUUGUAGAGGAUGUCGAUGGUGAGGUCAACGGAAAUGAUUGGUCUCCACCAGCUCUGCCACCAGAGCAUGUUCAGCAGCUGAAAUCACUUGGACUUAUGUAAAAAAUUGAGGAUUUUGACAUAAAUGAAACUCCAUACAACUGGGGCUCUCAUCAUGAGAUUUAGUAGUAUAAGCAGUUAGACCUGCAAGGCAUAGUAAGGUCUGUGUACAUCGUACCCUCUCCUCUCCAGGUGGGAUUACAUAGGGUAUGCUGUUGUUGUAGUUAAACUUGCAAGAGAGAAAAUCCCUUUCAACCCAAUAUUGUUCAUAUUUUGAGGAUGAUCACACAUGUAAUUGUUAACAAAAUAGACCCUUAACAAUCCAAAUGAAUUAACAGUUGCAAUCUGGUUUAGCCCCUUC